AAUUUCACAAUCUCCUCUUUCUUCCCUCAACCGCGAAAUUUUACUAACCCACAGCCAUCACCAACGUCAAUCGACAACAACCGAUUAACGAUGGCAAAGGAAGCGCCUGCCCGUACCGGGCUCACCAUCGGUCUCAACCGCGGCCAUAAAACCACAGCUCGCGUCGUUAAGCCCCGUGUCUCCCGAACCAAGGGCCACCUGAGCAAGCGCACCGCUUUCGUCCGUGAUAUCGUCAAGGAGGUUGCUGGUCUUGCCCCCUACGAGCGCCGAGUCAUCGAAUUGUUGCGCAACAGCAAGGACAAGCGAGCACGUAAGCUAGCCAAGAAGCGGCUCGGUACCUUUGGCCGUGCCAAGAAGAAGGUCGACGAGCUCCAGCGAGUCAUCGCCGAGUCCCGCAGAGCCGGUCACUAAACGACAUCACCUCGAGAGGGCAUGGCAGUUUAUGGGCGUCGAGGGAACGAAAAGUAACUUUGGCAUGAGGUCUGGCGUCCGUCUUUCGGCAUGGAUGAUUUACGCAGGAUCGGGCUGGACAGAUAGCUCAAUGAUAGCUACCAAAUGACACAAAUGGGAAUUAAGGAAUUUCUUCUACGUGC